AUGAGUUACUCAAGCAACGCCUACUCGCAUCCCUCGGCGAGCCUGAUCGAGAAUGUACCCUUGAUCAAGAACCCGAGCCUAUGGCUGCCCCGACCUAUCGAGCUACCCCAGGACAUUCAUCCACUACCCGAAGAUGUGUCUGCCUAUUUUGUCUACCCCUGGACGCUCGAGACCCACGUCCUCUCACCGCCAGAGCCACAUCCUUCUCAUGCCAUACUCAGAUCCGAGCUCGCCUCAACGCAUCAGAAACGACUUCGUGUACUCCAAGCUCGUGAGGAUGAGAAAGUGAGGAGACGUAGAGAGGCACUGCAAAAGAUGGCACCUGGCUACAGCGAGACUGCGGGGACAGGUAGCGUGCUACAGCCGAAGCGUAUGAGCAGUCACAGUCAACCUCCUGCUGCAUCCAUCACUACUGUGGAAACAGUGGCUGCCAAGCCAGACGAGCCCGUGACGGCCGCAGACCUGCUGGCCAACCUCUCCUUCGACACGCCAGCGCCUGCAGCUAGCACAGCUAGUGACAGUACAGCCGACAAUCGCAGCUUCACGCUCGCUGAGUCAUAUCAGUAUUCAAGCCCUCGUCAGGAGCUCGGUGCCGCUAUCGGGCAAUCUCUGGCGUUCGCUUCGAUCGCGUUGACAGGCACGCUCGCCUUUAGCCCCAGAAAAGAGGAUCUCGGACGACGCGAAGCUCCCGCUGGUGGCGCAGGAUGCGAGUGA